UGAGACCCCCCCCCCCCCGGUGUCGUAAAAGGCGGCGGUCGCCGGUGAAGGCGGAGGCGAAGCCUCGGCCUCCUGGCGCGGCGUGCCCGCGCCGCUCGCUUCGGUGCUUAGGCGGCGAGCUCCGUUGUUCGGGGAGAGCGGAAGGCGUUUUUUCACCCGGGCUUUUGCAGUCGCUGGCGGCCCUGCCCCUGAAACCCCCGGGAGAACUCCGGCGUCCGUCCGCUGCUACGCACGCGCAGUCGUGAGGUGGCGGCGCAAGGCGGGCGGGGCGGCGUGAGGGCCGCCGCCGUAAAGCGCGGACGAUGUCGGGGCUGGCGGAGCUGCCGGUCUUCGAGAAGCGGCUGCUGGUGACGGGCGGCGCGGGGUUCAUUGCUUCACAUGUAGUUGUCUCUCUUGUGAAAAACUACCCAAACUAUCUGAUUAUAAAUCUAGAUAAGCUCGACUACUGUGCAAGCUUGAAGAAUCUUGAAACUGUCUCUGAGAAGGAAAACUACAAGUUUAUCCAGGGAGAUAUUUGUGAACCCGAUUUCAUAAAACAGCUCUUUGAAACUGAGAAAAUAGAUAUAGUCCUUCAUUUUGCAGCCCAAACACAUGUAGAUCUUUCAUUUUGGCAUGCCCUGGAAUUCACCUAUGUGAAUGUUUAUGGCACUAAUGUGCUGGUUGCUGCUGCGCAUGAAGCCAAUGUGGAGAAGUUUGUCUAUGUUAGUACAGAUGAAGUAUAUGGAGGUAGCACUGAUGAGGAAUUUGAUGAAUCCUCACCAAAACGUCCGACAAAUCCCUAUGCUUCCUCUAAAGCAGCUGCAGAGUGUUUUGUUCAGUCUUACUGGGAAAGGUACCAAUUCCCAGUUGUUAUCACACGGAGCAGUAAUGUUUAUGGACCGCACCAGUAUCCAGAAAAAGUUAUUCCAAAGUUUAUAUCUUUGUUGCAACAGAACAGAAAAUGCUGUAUUCAUGGUUCUGGACUUCAAAGAAGGAAUUUCCUUUAUGCAACUGAUGUGGUGGAAGCAUUCCUUACUGUCCUGAAGGAGGGGAAGCCAGGUGAAAUUUACAACAUUGGAACUAACUUUGAGAUGUCCAUUGCCCAGCUUGCUAAGGAGUUAAUCCACUUAAUAAAGAAGACCAGUUCGGAAUCUGAAAUGGAGCACUGGAUGGAUUAUGUCAAAGACAGACCUACCAAUGACCUGAGAUACCCAAUGAAUUCAGAAAAAAUGCACAACUUAGGAUGGAGACCUAAAGUGCCUUGGAAAGAAGGAAUAAAGAAAACAAUUGAAUGGUACAAAGAAAACUUUCACAACUGGAAAAACUCAGAGAAAGCUUUGGAGCCCUUUCCUGUGACAGAGCCAUUUGCACAGCUCAGUGGUCCAUAGGGUGGUGGAGAACCUGAAGGAGUUUAUUCUACCUCAUACAGUCCUUUCUUUGAAGCCUGCAAUCAAGUGGCCACACUGAACUGUUAAUGUAUUCAAGAUACAUGAACCAUGAUGAAUACAGAACUACAGUACGGCACAACUUUGGAAGGGUUUCAGCACUUUAUGAGUUGAACCUGUUAAUUUCAGCUUUUGGUGCAAUACUAUAUUCUCACUAGGUAUUGAUUUUAAAGAACUGUACAGGGCGAAGAGUAUUUAUAAUGCUAUAAAUUAGUGUAACUGAAGUAAAAUCUGCCUUAUUAAUUAAGAAUCAUGAAUUGCGAUUACAGCUUUUGGGACUUCUGAUGAAAUUCGUUUUAGUUCUGGAAUCGUUCAUCUGUAUUAGUUUGUUUUUUACAAUGUAAUAUAUUAUUUUUGUCACUUUAAAGAAUUGCAUUUUAUUUUUAAUCAAGGGGAAAAAUGCUAUAUUUUUCUGAAAAGUAUAAAUCAGUUGGUACCAUAUCUAGCUUUUAACUAUAUGGUUCAGUUUUUCUCUCUGUCGGUGCAGUAUUACCUUCUGUUGAUGACUGAUUAAACUGUUACCUACUCUAUAACUUUAAAUGCCCAUCUUUAAGGGGGUCGGGGGGGGGAAGGUGUCAAGAAGGAGCAGGUGUUCUUGCUGAGACUUCCAGAAGCAUUUUCUUAAACUUUGCUCUGUUUUAGAUGUCAUCUUUUUACUGUAUUACUGUCUUUUACAUGUUAAUUUCCUUUUCUUAACUGUAAUUGUAACAAACUUGAAAUACUGUAACACAGUUAACAUUCCAUUGAUGUUAUUUCCUGUGAUAUGAAGGCUAUUUAUGGAGAAAAAAUUUAAACACUUAUUUUCCUGUGAAUUGUGGGUUGGCAGACCUUAUUCAAUGCAGUGUUUCACAAUUUUUUUUUUUUUGGUGAUAAACAUUUUAAAGGUGAAACAAUAUUUGAGUUUUAAUGUAAAGUUUGGGAGGAAACUUCAAUUCUAGAAAUAUGUCAAUGAAUCUUUUUCAAAGCUGAUUUAGUAAUAAAAGUUAUGGUGUAACUGGUUUCUCUUAAUUAAGUAAACAUGCUGAAAAAGUA